AUGGAUGACAAUAACAAGAAUAUGCGCCUAAGAGAGUGGCUAAUUGCGCAAAUAAACAGCGGGAAAUACGCAGGUUUAAGCUGGGAGAAUGCAGAGAAAACCAUGUUUAGAAUACCCUGGAAACACGCAGCUAAGCAGGACUACCGCCAGAACGAAGACGCCGCUCUGUUUAAGGCUUGGGCUGAGUACAAGGGUAAGUAUCGAGAAGGCAGGGACAAAGCUGACCCCUCCACAUGGAAGACAAGACUCCGCUGUGCUUUGAAUAAGAGCACAGACUUCCAGGAGGUUCCAGAACGCAGUCAGCUGGACAUCUCUGAACCCUACAAAGUUUAUCGUAUUCUUGCUGAGACAGAAAGACCUACAGGGGGGCAGGUGAAGGGCAGAUUACAGCCAAUGACAGGUACAGGGACAGCGGUGGAUAAACGCCCCGGGGUGUUGCCUGCUCCUCUGUUUCCUCCUUCAUUACAAAUCUCAGAUUUUCGACUACAGGUGUCUGUGUUCUAUCAGGGACAGCUGGUCCAGGAAGUCAUCAGCACAUCCGAUGGCUGUUUUAUCCUACACGGUCCUGUCCCAGUUGGAAACGAACAGAUUUACGGGCCCUGUGGAGCUGCUAAGGCUUUCUUCCCUCAGCCCGAUGUCGUGCCUUUGCCCCAAGGUAUUGCGGAUGCCAUGAGGUGCCUCCUGCCCCACCUGGAGAAGGGUGUACUGGUGUGGGUGGCUCCAGAUGGGGUUUUCAUCAAACGGUUCUGCCAGGGCAGGGUGUACUGGAACGGUCCAUUAGCAGAGCACCAAGAUCAGCCCAACAAACUGGAGAGAGAGAAGACCUGCAAACUGCUGGACAUGCAUAUUUUUCUACUGGAGUUGCAGCGCUACAUUCAAGGAGUGAGAGCAAUGCCCCGUUAUGAGAUCGACCUCUGCUUUGGGGAGGAGUUUCCAGAUGUCAGCCAGUCAAAGAACAAGAAACUAAUAACAGCACGGGUGGUGCCACUGUUUGCUAAAGAACUUCUACAGAAUAUACAGAGACCAGAGGGAGAGAGACCACAGAUGCUAAAGCCCAUCAAGGCUCCUCAAUAA